GGUCGGGCCAAUCCAUCGUUUCAGAUAGACAAGCCUCUCCCAGCCCAGAACAUCCCGUUUGGUUAGUCCUUGUGGAUGUGUGGUUGCUUUCCCAUGUCUCGCUUCCUUUCAUAAACCCUCAGCACAGCCUGGUUCGACUUGGUGUCAUUUCACGCCGACUGUUAUACUCCAUACCUAUCUCGACAAGAUCCUCCAAUCUAUCGCGUCUUCCGUCUUGCUCAAACACCGAUCAUUCAAUUCUAUUCCAACCCCAUUGUUCACCAACAUCACAACUUGUCCUCGAAUACCCUUCAUCCGCCUUCGCUUUAUUCAACGAUCCACGAUCGACAUACCCGGAGUAUAAUUUCAUCACCGAACAACUGCAACAGUCACCCUACCACCUAUUCGUCCAGUUUGCCAAACACACAACGCAGCAGCAAUGAUUCCUUCACCACCCACCACUCUUCUCCUUUCCAUCCUUCUCUCCGCCAUUCCAUCAACAGUAGCCUCACCCCUACCCUCUCUACGCAAACGAGAUUUGACCACAGGAGCCAAAGCUGGACUUGGUGUUGGUAUUGCCGUGGCAGCCAUCCUGCUGUGUGGUCUCAUCAUCUUUUUUGUCAUUCACAUUCGGCGAUCCCGACAUCUAGCCCAAAUCAACAAAGAGCGAGCCAUUCUCGCUGGAGAGAAGAACGCCGAUGGAUCAGACAAAUUCGACAAAUUCGCUGAAGUACCACCGCCCGAGGAGAAACCUGCAGCAACUGGGGGUGGAAUGCGACGACAAAAGUCAGUCAAGGACCGCCUGAUGGGUCCACUAUACCGGGGUAGCACCAUUGACCUGAUGCCCAUGCCCAAGGCACGUACUGCCGGCGGAAAUCGAGACAGCACAGCAACCAUGGAAGGUGCUCACUGGGACAAUGUCGAUGGCCAGCCAUUCCUCCAUAAGCCUUGGGCUCAAGGCGAGAGCUCACCCAGACCUAGCUUCAGCAGCAAGAGAGCGACGAGGAUGAUGAUGAUGAUGUAAAUGCCGAAUGAGAAAACACAUAUGCAAAGUCAAUUCCCUACUGUCUUUGUACACUUGAUAUUUCUAUCUCUAUCUUGCAUCAUUUUCUCCAUCAGCCAAUCUGUAAUAAACCUUGUCUUUGCUCAUGCCCUUGCUUUACUUUGGCUCCUCCUUCAUCAGCCAAAUGGAGCUCUCUCUCUCUCAGGAGUUUGGGGAUACCACAAAGGUCAAGACGACCUUGGUCAUGUGUAUUAUGGGGGCCGAGGGGCUAGCCAAAGGCGUUAUGUAUGUCACUUUUGAAUGUUAGGCGCUCAUGGGCGUUUUGUUUCCUCUUCUCAUCUAUGGAGCUUGGAGGUCUUUCUCUCUUGCCGGUUUGGCUGGAGGACCCUGAUUCACAUAUAUUACAUACCUAGGUUAGGUACCUUGCUUACCUUACACAAUCAGAAAGAAAGGAACACUCCGAAAGGGUUUGACAGAAGCGGCAAUAUCAUAUGUCCUGUGUAUAUAUAUAUAUCAUAUGAUCAUGUCAUGUCAUGUCUCUGGUUAAUAUCAACAAAUCUAUCUGUUAAUGACAAA